UUCGAGAUGGGAUUAAACGGGAGCUGAUGAAAUUACAGACGAAAAGAAGAAGAGGAGCUUAUGAGUGUUUAUGUAUGCCCUCAUCUCGCUGUUGCAGAAGAAGAUGGUAUCCAAGAGCUUGCCCCAAAUUGCCUCCGUUCGUCCCUUUACUGUGGUUGCGAGUCAGAUGGAAUUGCAGAGAGAAAAGGCAGCGAUCGAAGAAACAGAAGCUCUGCUGCUACUGGAGUUGAUGAUCUGAAUCAAAGAACAAAAGUGCAUCCGCUGAUCGAUUCAGAAGCGACGGGAGAGAGAGAGCAGAGCACGUACAUUGGCGUAAGAGAGUAAAGGUUUGGGCUACUAAACAGCAAAACGACAGCCGCGACUGAAACUCGACGCCGGUAGUUUCGGCUCUGAAAACUCACAAAUACAAAUCCAGCUUAAGAUCAACGGAAAGAUGGCUCCAUCGAAGAAAGGCAAAAACAAAGGCAACUCAGCCACCGAGUCAACUCAGUCUACCCAAUCUCCGACCUCCAAGUACCCUGCUUGCCUCCGCGUCGUCGCUCCGUCCUCCGUCGCAAUAACCAUCCACGCCAAGCCCGGCUCCAAAUUCGCCACCAUCACUGAUUUGAGCGACGAAGCUGUUGGAGUCCAAAUUGAUGCGCCUGCAAAAGAUGGCGAAGCGAAUGCCGCUCUUCUCGACUACAUUAGCUCCGUUAUUGGUGUAAAACGAAGGCAAGUUUCCAUAGGUUCGGGGUCAAAGUCUAGAGAUAAGGUUGUGAUUGUGGAGGAAGUAAAUGUACAGACCGUCUUUGAUGCUCUGGACAAAGCUUCGAAGAGCCAUUGAAGUACAGCGCGCCAGAGAGGCGAAGGAAUGCUCAAAACCUGUUAACCUAUGCAAACAUCUGCAGGUUGUUGAUAGCUGUUUGGAAUAUUGUGGUUGUAAGGUUAUGCUUAUAGGCUAUAGCUAGAUUUUGGGGGCAUCAUUGCCUGCUCAUAAUAUCACCAGAUUUGUAUCUUGUUAUGUUUCCUACUAACUUCAAUAUUUAUUCUGAUAGUAAUCAGUUGUUAUCACGGAUCAAAAAGAGCUAGAAUCAUGUGUACUUGUCUAUUCUAAUCAGGAAAAUAAUAAGAAUGUUUGAAAA